AACUCAAUUGUGCUUUGUGAUCACACCAGAGAAGCUUAAGUCAUCGCUAUUUCCGGUUAUGUAUCUCGUGUUUUAAAAUUCAAUCACUUCUAAGGAAGAGAUGAGGGUGAGACACGCUGACCAUCUUGGAGAGCCUUGAAUGAUAAGACCCAGUGGCUGAUGACAAGACAGUACGGCGAUGAGGAGCAGUGUGGCAGGAACUCCUGCUGUGACCGAUCCCUCCCACCGCCAAGAGCCGCCGUCCACCCACGCAAGAAUUAUCUUCGAGGAAAACUUUACCAUAUUUGUGAUAUUUAUGAAUGGUGCCAUGAUGCAAAAGUCUAAUAUAUGAAAAAGAAAAACCUUCAUGAGAUAUACGCAUUAAGCUGACCAACGGCGGGUUAAGGAUGAAAGGCGGAGAUAAUUACUAAUCCACCAUGGCAGCUUUGUGUGCCCAUUCCCAAACUGUUAACACGUAACCAGAAAAUAAUAAAGUGCUAUGGAAAUACUAGAUGAUAAACACCAAGUUUUCGAUUUCUUUUACUAACUUUUAAGUCUCAAGUGUGUUUAUACCUGAUGAAGAAAUGGCUAGUUUAGGAGAAGGAACGCUGAACUGCAACGAUACGUGUUGUCAAAUGUCAUCCGGGAAUGUUAUUUGUUUUGGUGAUUACAACUUUACGGACAGAGUGAACAUUACGCACCCCGAACAAUGGGAACUGGCGCUGCGAUGGACCUACGCCUCGAUAAUUAUGCUUCUGGCUGUGUUCGGGAACCUGACCAUCAUCAUCAUCUUGGCCAAAAACCGCAUUCUACUACGCCAUUCCAUUAACUGCUUCAUCUUGAAUAUGUCAGUGGCGGACCUGAUCACCGCCCUGGCAGGUCCGAUCCCCUUCACCAUACGAGACACGGCCUUCUUUUGGGUGCUUGGGAAGGCAUGGUGUCACCUGGAAGGUUAUAUACAAAUGCUGGUGAUGUUGGUGAGUGUGACAUCACUGGCUACCAUCAGCUUUGAUCGUAUGAUAGGCGUCAUCCGGCCCUUCCACACUCAUCUGAAGAUGUGGCAGUGUUUCGUCAUCAUCGUCAUUAUUUGGAUCGUAUCAGCUAUACUUGCUGUGCCUUUUGGCAUCUACAGAAUCUAUACGGUCCACGAAUGGCAAGACCUUACUGAAGUAACGUGUGGUGAGGAUGCACAAAAAAUUCAAGUCUGGUGGAUGGUCAGCAUGAUCGGCCUGACGUGGCUGCCUCUCCUCAUCAUGCUCGGCUGCUACACCACCAUCCUUGUUUACUUCAGGAGCUCAGAAUUCAGGAGUCGUACAAAUAGUGAACAUCCCUCCAUCACACUUAUGAAGCGACGAGUAGUGAUCAUGAUGUUCAUCAUCGUCAUUGCCUUCACACUCUUUUGGCUGCCGUUCCAAAUAAUAAAAAUCUGCGGCAAUUCGAUGUUUUUUGGCGAGGACGGCCAAAUUAAGAGCCCAGAAGCGCAAAAGAGUUACGACAUUCUGUACACAUUGUGCCACUACAUGAUGUACACUAACGUGGCGGUCAACCCGAUCAUCUAUGCCCUCAUGCACCAAACCUUUCGCCGCGCCCUCCGUGUCACCUUCCCCUGCCUCUAUCAACGUAAGUCUGCCUUCGUGCUAACGCCUGGUUUGGGCCGCCAGCACUAUGUCUGGUCCAUACGGUCCACUUCCAAUGUGUACAGCGAUGUGAUGGCAAUGUCAAGACAAAAUCCUGAAGAGCGAAGGCGAAGGAUGAGAGCGUCGAGUGCUGUCAUCGGGUCUGCAGCCAUGGCCGCUUCUAUCAUCAUUGAAACUAACUCGCAAAAUCAGAGGGAUAAUAAUUCUGAGAGAUCUGGACAGACUGAGAUCACGGAGGUGCAGAACGAGGCUGAAGACUGGAGACCCAACGGAGGACGACCCUUGGCUGAUGAGAGGUACGUCAGUGACUUGAAGCCCAGGGAAAUAUCCAUCGUUAGCACGGGCGCCUUGGGGCAACUCAUCUCGCAGGUGAUCGAAGAGGAGUCUUCAAGCGACGUGGAGGGUGAGAGAAUCUUGUGACGAGGUCUUACUAACACUCCGCAACCCUUUUUAAUUAACAGAGCUGCGGCGAUGUGCAUGUAGAUCUUAUAUUCGCAAUCACCACCUCAUUAACUAUUUCGCCAUUACAUUAUUCUCGUACUUUAUGUAAUCACGGUCUUGAUUUAAAAUUGGACAGGUGAUGUCUUGUCGUAAGUGUUUGAUGCUGACACAACAACUCUGUUUGGUGGAUGUGGUGUGGUCGGUGUGGCGUGGUGUGAGGCACCAAAACUGAUUGACAAGGCUGACUGACAAGGCAGACUGAGGGUCGAGUGCGUUUUUGGUUAUUACAGAUCUCUUAAGUUAGGCAAGUGCUUCAUUUUGAGUACGAAGUUCAACAAAAUAAAUGUGAUAAUUAUGAUAUUUAUGUCUAGAUAAUAGUCAUCCUUGUUUGUGAAGGUCAAAACGUGUUUAUGUGUUUUAUAACUGCACUGUAUAAAUAAAGUAAUAUCAAAAGAAA